AUGUCUGCUUCUCAAGAAAAAGAUAACUCAAUUAGUAUUCAAGACUCUACUGGUGCUGCUUUCAAUGACAAGAAUGAAGAUGAUAUCUUGAUGAAGGACUCAUCUAACUCUAAUAUUCAAGAUGACUCUGGUUCCAACGAGGAUGCUAUAGAACACUUACGGGAAACUCUUAGAAAGUUAUCACAAGAACUUGCCCGCGGUGUCGCCAAUAAUAUUGCUCCUGAAAAAUUGGCUGCUUUACAAGACGAAGCAAAUCGUAUAACGGGAUGUAUCAAAUUCUUAGAUGAGGUUCAAAUUUAUUGUUCCCCUAAACCAUUCAUUCCUUCAUCUACCCAAAUUACUCCAAGUCCAAGAGAUUCUCAUCUCAUACCAACUGACCUUCCUUUCUGGCAAUGGCAAGGCAACGUAUGGAAAAAGGACUCUGAUAUCCAAGGAUCAGUUGAAGACUUACUGGACACAUUUGCACUUGUGGUUGACUCUAAUGGAUUAAGCUUGGAUCAUAGUUGGGGUCGUCUCAUGCCAAUUAGGAUGAAUCGUGAUCAGCGAUCGUGGUUCAACGAAACUCUGAAGGGGCGCUCAUUAACCUGGAAAGAA